CUGCUUAGCAGAGCCAUACAAAGCAGUGUGCUUACAGUGUAAAGCACACACAGCACACUGUAAAACAGCACACAGUUAACCCUUUGAGCGCCCCACAUGUUAACCCCUUCCUGCCCAGUGCCAUUAUGCUUUCUUUUAGCACUGAUCACUGUAUUGGUGUCACUGGGGAUGUCAGUGACACCAAGUCAGUUCCCCCCAGUGUCAGAAUGCCUAUCGCAGUCCCGCUAUAAGUCACUGAUUGCCGCUGGUAAAAAACAAAAUCCAGUAUCUAUACCGCCA